AUGGAGGCAACCGAUGCGAGUCGACUGGCGUCGCUACGCGCGGUCUUCCGCGGGGCCGUCAGCGCCGCCGUCAGCGGAAGCUGGACCGCGGUCGGGCACACCUGUAUCGGGACGAGCGUCACCUCAGAGCCCGCCGCCUCGCUCACGUCGCUCGCCGCCUCGCUCGCGUCGCAAGAGACGGCGGCAGAGGAGCCGACAACUGUUGACCUCUCGCUCCUGCAGCAGCAGCGACAGCUGGCUGAGCGUCUCAAGCAAAUGGAAGCCAUGCUGGAGGCGCAACGGCGGGCGCAAGCACUAGAAAAGGUGCGCAUGGACCUCCGCAUUGCUACGGUGUCCGUCCUCUUCCUUCUCCCCUUCUUGUAUGCUUUGCACAUCGCGUCGAUUCCUUUUCGCGUGAGCACCAGCCUGAAGCCCGCCCAGCAGCUGAACCGCUCCCUAACGUUUUCGGACGAUCGCGAGUCGUCGGUCCAGUUGUAG